AUGCCAGGCAUAGCAAGGUCUCCCUACAUCUGCUCCAGAUGCGUUGGUCCUCUAGCGCGACGCUGGCUGCACGAAGCGGGCAGCCAAGCCUUGGGCCUGCGCUGCUCCUCGUCCAAUGCACAAUCCUCCCCCGACAAACACCAUUCGAGCGAACCCGAUAGCAAGCAUGAAGCUUCCGCCCAGUCUGACACGAAGCCUGAGCCGGGCCCUAUGGCACGCCGCCUCGAAGAAGCCACGGAAGAAGCCCUGUUUUCUGGCGGGCGUGCCGGGCGCCGAGCCGUCGAGGAUGCGGGCUUCUCGGAGGAGCUGAAAGAACGCCUGUUGGCCAAGGUCAAGGACGCCCAGUUCCGGUCCGAGCAUGCUGCUGCCUUCGCCGAAGCUGGUAUGCCGAGUUCAGCCGGCCAAGGGACGCGGCUCAAUGCUGCCAGCCAAGCGUGGACGGGCGAAGAGUCGACAGAAGAUGCCGUCCUGCGGAUGCUCAACGACGCCCGCAAGCCUCUCAGCCCGAGUCUACGGGGCAAACCGAAGCUGCCCGACCUCAAGCCGAUCGACAUGCGACUCAGCCCGAAAAACAAUGCCAGCGCGGGACAGCGCGCCGCGGGAGCGAGAGACAAAGCGGCUAUAUACACUGGCAUGGGCAUGAAAAAUGCUGACAAGGGCCUCAGCGAUGAGGAGAGGGAAAAGUUACGAGAACAGUUACGAGACCGAUUCAGACCAGCGGCCAGAGCGCUCCCGAACACCCUCACGGGCCUGGCAUCGCUAGCCAAUGAGCGGAUCGAGGACGCAAUAGCCAGGGGCCAGUUCAAGAACAUCCCUCGCGGCAAAGGCGUGGAGCGCGAUACGAGAUCGGACAACCCAUUCGUCGAUACGACAGAGUACAUCAUGAACAAGAUGAUCAAGCGGCAGGACAUUGUCCCUCCGUGGAUUGAGAAACAGCAAGAAGUGGUGAAGACGGCGCACACAUUCAGAACCAGGCUGCGUAACGACUGGAAGCGCUAUGCCGCACGUAUGAUUGCGAGUAAAGGCGGUUCACUGGAGGCCCAGAUGAAAAGGGCGAGACGCUAUGCCGAGGCUGAGCAGCUGCACAACCCCCGAAAACGGAAUCCGGAACAGAUCUCUGUGCCGACCAACUCUACGGAAGACCCGGUCAUGGUCAAGAUCCGGGAGCAGCUCGGCACCGAGCUGACGGACGAGCUCGCGGGAGUUGAGACUGCCACCCAACGUACGCUGGCGGAGCCAUCUUCACCCGAAAAGACCGACGUGCCGCCCGUGCCGGAGCCGCCCCUCCCGCCGCCGUUCCGAGACCCGGACUGGCUGCGGACCGAGCAGUCCUACAUGAAUCUGGCCAUCACCAACCUGAACAGCCUGACGCGGUCCUACAACCUGAUGGCGCCCGAGCUGGCCAAGAAGCCGUACUUCACGCUGGAGAGGGAGCUGAACGCGUGCUACGCCGACGUGGCGCCGCAGCUGGCGGAGGCCAUCAAGGACCGUGCCGCGCGGCCGUCCAAGCCGCCGCCCGAGGCCGGUGGGCUCCGGCCCGGCGGGAUCCUGGACCGGUUCAACGGCGAGACGCACAGGUCCAAGAUCUACGAGUCCAAGACGCCUCACUACGGCCUCCGGGAGAUGUGGCGGGAUCUAUUCAACCGCGACGCUAGGUGA